AUGAUAGAGCUUCCAUCUUCACCAGUUGCCCUUCUGCAUGCUUCUUCCACCUGUACAAUUAUAUUUUACUUGUACUGUUUUCAGGUAACACAUUGGCCUUCCCCGCAGUUUCACGCUUACUUCCCAGUUGCCAACAGUUACCCUUCCCUGCUGGCGGACAUGCUGUGUGGCGCCAUUGGCUGCAUUGGUUUCAGUUGGAAUUCUUCGCCCGCGUGCACGGAGCUCGAAGUUGUCAUGAUGGACUGGCUCGGCCAACUGUUAGACUUACCCAAGGAAUUCCUGGCAGCCUCUGGGGGAACGGGUGGAGGCGUUAUUCAGGGAUCAGCCAGCGAAUCGACACUGGUGGCCAUGCUGUCUGCUCGCUCCAAGAUCACCAAGACCCUUGAGGAGACAUUCCCCGACUGUGACCCUUCCAUCGUUACCAAGCUCGUCUGCUAUUCCUCAGGUGGGUUGUUUUGUUGCCUUGUUGCCCUGUCAAUGUUGUCUUUUGAACUCUGA